AUGGAUUUUAUCCUGUCUCUGACGCACUUUUGCGAACUGCAUGGCCCGACUUCUAUCAUCUGCUCCCAAGUUCUUCCGUUCGCCUGUGCACAAUGCCAUCCUGAUUCCGAACCCACGGCUGAGUCCGCCCCUCACGACACACGCGGCCAAAGUUCGCCAAAGACAUCCGGCCCCAUUGGUGAACCCGCGGGAUCCCGCUCCCCGAAGAUCGAAGACCACCCUUACUUCCUUCGUCCCCAACAAGCGGCCUCUCCCGAAGAACGAGCCCAGCGCGUUGGCGGCGCGGACGGCAACACAUGUGCGAGUUGUACCCUGUCGCUCCCCGAGGGAGUGAGCAAGCAGCUGCCAACAGGGGCUCCCGGAAGCCGCGAUGCCCAGGGCACCAGCAACAGCAGUCCUGUUCUCCGCUCCCGCGAGAUGGUCUAUUCGUGCGGCAACUCCCACGCUGAUGCUGAUGAUGACACUCCCGACUCUCAUACGCACGCCUCCCCGCCGGACUCGUUGCGCUCCACCUCGGUCGCAUCGGACACGUCCACCUCCUGCCAUACUCAUAUCCUGACUUACCUGUCUCUCCGCGGCCCUCCGAACCCGACUGACUACUCCCUUCUUCGCCGAUCCUCGAUCCGCACACUGAGCUGCGAGCUCUUGCCCCGCGGCCUGUCGUCGGGUCCGCUCUGUUUUGGCGACGCUUUGGCCGGAUACACCAUCGCAUACAUUUUCCGCCUGCCCGACCCGAUGGCGCGGGGAAAGCGACGCAGCUACGCCUUGAUUGCGCUUGCUGGCAAAGACGCUGGACGAGCAUUCCGUGCCUGCCCAAUCAUCUGGCGCGCAUUUGGACGUAUCGCGUCUGGAAUUGUGAGUGCGGCUGAACGGUACCAGGAGGAAGAGAAAAAGCGCGAGGAAUCAACCAGUGCGGCCGCACCAUCUGGUGACCGACAGUACACCGCCGUCUCAUCUUUCUUGACCGGCCGCGCGAGAGACCCUGGCGGACGAGUGCCCCGAGUGGGCCAGAUUCGCGCUCGAAACUUGGCGGAGAUUGUUGGCAACGAAUACAUCUUCGCUGAACUUCAUGCCAACUUUGUCGCCCUGCUUCAGCAAUUGGGAACCAUGUUUGGAGGGGUGCCUAUUUCUGAGGAGCGCUUCGUUUGCAGCACAGUCGGCGAUGAAGAAAACGUUCUCCCUCACCAACAUAAUCCUCUUUCUCCUGACUCUGAACGUUUCAAAAAACGCCGAUCUGUCGCCAAGUAUGACGGGAAUGACCUUGACAUGGCAAAACUUGAUAUUACCCCGGGCCCUCAACCUAUUCCGAUUUCCCACCCUCGAAGGUCUGUCCUAGCGUAG